AUGAGCCCCUGUGUGUGUGGGCUGUUGGUGGGAGGGCCGUGGCUGAUCACCAACCUCCAGUCACUCGUGCACACCUGCCUCAUGGCUCAACUGACCUUCUGUGCUGGCUCUGAAAUCCCUCACUUUUUCUGUGACCUCAUGCCCCUGCUGAAGCUCUCCUGCUCAGACACGCACACCAACGAGCUGGUGAUCUUUGCUUUUGGCAUCGUCAUGGGCAUCAGCCCCCUCGUCUGCAUCCUCCUUUCUUAUAUCUGCAUCUUCUGGGCAGUCUUCAAGAUCCCUUCUGCUCAGGGCAAGUGGAAAGCCUUCUCCACGUGCAGCUCACACCUCACCGUGGUGUCACUAUUCUAUGGUACCAUCUUUGCAGUGUACCUGCAGCCUGCAUCUUCUGCCUCCUCCCAGAAGGACAAGGCAGCUGCCCUGAUGUGUGGGGUGGUCAUCUCCAUGCUGAACCCCUUUAUCUACAGUUUAAGGAACAAGGACAUGAAGGUGGCCCUGAGGAAGCUGGUCGGCAAAGCGGCCCCCUCUCAGUCCUAGGGUAGACCAGUUGUUGGGUGCCUACUGUAUUCCAGGACCACUGCUCAGUGCGUGGGACACAGGGAUGCAUCCCAUCUCUGCCCUCAAGGCAUUUGGAGUCUAGUGGGGGAUAGAGACAUGUCACUAAAUCGU